CUGCAGGAGAGGUUCGAAAGCUCUAGAGAAAGCGGAGUGUAAACAUAUCAUAUCCAAUCUGCUCUUUAAGAUAGAAAUUGUAUUCACAUUCUACUGCGUCUGACGCUUCAGUGUCGCUAUUCACAACACAGCCUUCACGGAAAUCGGUUUCCGAGAAUUUCUAAGGCAUCAGACUUGAGGAUGUGAAGAGGAGGGCUUUGGGGAAUUCGGUUUCUCUCUCUACACACACACACACAGAGCUCGGGACCCAGCAGCAUGGAACAGUACAGACGGCUUUUGUAUUGUGCUCGAUUCUUCGCUGCAGCCGCGUUGAUCUUCUACUUCGUAACUUCGUGCACCAACUACUGGCUUCACGCUAUAACCUGUCGGACCGUGAACGACACGCUGGAAGAUGAAAGCCCACCGGUUCGUGCGGAAUUUGGUAUGUUGCGAGGUUCACCUAAGCCUCCGACCGAAUCUGUUGACAACACAACUGACCUGAGAUCUGGCACAGUGUCAACCGUUUCCACGGAAACUUUCAAUGGCAGCCCCAAAUCAAGUGGAAAGGAAGCAGUGUUGCCUAGAAAUGUACCUACACCACGUCGGAAAUGUAAGAGACCUAAGGGACGUAAGGGUUGCUGUCUGAGUUGCUUUGGUGGUCACACUCCUCUUGCGUUGGUACUGCACACCCCAUCCUUGGUGACGUGGAUCAUGUGCAUGGGACCACCUUUCAGCAUCAUUGGCUCUGGAGGUGCAGUCUCAGCUGGAUUGAAUGAUCUGUGGAAAAUGGGACUGAGGCAGGACAUACGGAAGGAGGAUUACAGGUUAAAUUACCAUCAUGAGGGUUUCUUCUGGAGAUGUUCAUUUAGCGACAAAGAGGAAAAGUAUCAACUUAGAAAAUUCAUUUACAUUUACCAACCACCUUUAAAAUGCUGCGUGCAUGCCUUUCAUUCCCCAUUUCCAAACGUUGAAGGGAGAACCACGAAAGAAUUUGAAUCCUCAAUCUCGUACCGUAAAUUGUGGAGUGCACUGAUGUUCUUGGGAGUAACAUUUGUAACAAUUGGAUUCCUCUGCAUCAUCUACUCUGCAUGCUGUGAGAACUACAACAUGUAUAAAACAACUGGAGUAAUAUUCUUGAUUGCUGGUGUGUCUUUCACCGUGUCAGUUAUCAUGUACGCCGUUUGGAUUUCAGCAGUAUCUCAGAUGAUUGCGGGAGACAUUGCUAAUUGCACUUCCAUUAUAACCAAUUUGAAUUUUGGUGUAAAUUAUGGCUGGUCUUUUAUGGCAGCUCCUUUUGCAGUAUUGUUCUCUUUAAUUUCUGGCUUAUUUUUCAUUAAAAUUGCAGGUAUGAAUUGCAAGGAAAGUAAUAACUUCAUUUAAGCAUUUUUGUAAACAACUAUCUAAAAAUAAUUUAAAAAAUCAUAAUUGUACACAUUAAAAUAUAGCAAUGUUGAGACAUUAUAAUUUGGAGACCCCUUAUAUUAAUCAAUUUAUAAUCUGAGGUAAUUUUAAACUGCAUCUCUACAUUAUGAAUUUUCUAAUCUGCCCAUAACCUUUCAUCUUUUAUGAAAGGUUUGCGUUCUGAGAAACUGCUGUUAUUUCAGAAAUAUAAAAGAUUGGGCAAUAUGCAAAUACUACUUUGACGUUGCACUUUCCUAUGUGCAAAGAGUGGUACACUGUUCCUUAUAGUGACAAUUCGAUUUAUAAAUUGAUAAGGGACUCUACAAAGGGUUUGUAACAAACUUCAAAAAGAAUGUUGCUUUUAAAUAAUCAAAACCACAAGGUAAUUUCAAACUAAUUUUCUGUUACAAUCAUCAGUUAGUUUAAGACUGAGCUGUUACUAGUCUCAGGUGAGAAACCCUCUUUGGUUUCCUAUGAUGUGCAUUGCUGUUGAUUGAAGAUCCGGUCCUUUGACUUCAAGCAUUUUUGGCUACUACUUAUACCACUGAACAAAAUGCCGAUGCAAAGAAGCAGGCAGGUUCAAGGCUUUAUCUUUGAUACUUUAAUGUAUUUCACACGUUUUGUUACACUUCAGAUUCCACAAUUACACUUAAGGUAUUUUUAUUUGCUUUAUCAAUGUCAAAAUCUUUCUGGCCACUCUUUAACUAAUCCAAUCAUGUUAUAUGUAUGGUCAGCACAUAUGUUCGCUCUGUAGCAUGAUAUAGUUCCAUUCCACUGACCCACAGUUCAUCUUUCACAUUGUCAUUAUGGUCACUAUUCUGUGAUUAGCCAAUAUAUUGAAUUUUUCAUAGAAAUUAGAGGUUCAACAAUUAAUACAAACAUGAUAUUAAACUUACCUAAGAAUCUAAGUUGUAUACGUGGAUAUGCUCAGGCAAAAUUCUACUCUAUUAUAGUGUUAUAACAGAAAAUUAUGAAUCAAACUUUAAUAAAUUUAAGAUUUAGCUUUAAUUGUAUUUAUAAUUAUAAACUUCUAACAUAGUAAUUCUGCAGAUGAUUCAAAGAUUGCUGGUGGUGUCGACAGAAGUUUGGAAAGGAAAUCAGAGGGAUAUAGAUCAGUUGCAAAUAUGGGCAGAGAAAUGGCAGAUGGAGUUUAGCCCAGCCGAAUGUGAAGUGUUGCUCCUUGGUAGGUGAAAUAUAACCAGGCAGUACACUGUUAAGAACAAGACCCUUAGCAGUGUUGAUGAACAGAGGGAUCCUUGGGUUCAAGAUCAUAGCUCCCUGGAAAUGGCUGCACAGGUUGGUAGGGAGGUUAAGAAGUCAUAUGGCAUGCUUGCCUUUAUUAGUCACAGCACUGAGUUCAAAAGGCAGGAAGUUUCCCUGAGGUGUUAUAAAAUAUUAGUUAGGCAGCAUCUGGAGUAUUGCAUAUAGUUCUAGUCGCACCAUUAUAGGAAAGAUGUCAAGGCUGUGGAGACAAUGCAGAAGAGGUAUACCAGGAACUUGCUUGGAUUAAAGGGCAUGUACUAUAACAAGAGGGCUGUUUUCUCCGGAGUCCCAGAGACACGGGGGGGGGGGGGGGAGACCUGAUAAAGGUUUAUAAGAUUAUGAGAGGCACAGGUAGUGGCAUAGUGGCAUCAGCACUGGACUUUGGGGCGAGAGUUCCAGAGUUCAAAUCCGGCCAGUUCCCUUGCACACUCUCCAUCUGUGCCUGGGUUGAGUGUCGAGCUAGCAACUCGACUUUAUAUAAAAAAAAACUAGUGACGGAUGGGCUCCGCCAAGUUUCAGAUGCCCAAGACACGUCGUACGAUGAGCAAUCACCAAAAAGUUCAGUGCAAAAAGCUUGUCCUGAUGGCGCCCCAAUGACUCCACCAGGAAUUAAGGGCAUACACACACACACACACACACACACAGAUGGAGUAGACAGGCAAUAUCUUUCUCCAACAUUCAGAGGGCAUAUAUUUAAGGGCAUAAUUUCAAAAGAGCUGUGAGGGGCAAGUUUUUUCCACCGUGGGUGUCUGGAAUAUCCUGUCUGGGUGGUGGUAGAGGCUGAUACAUUAGAGACUUUUAAGAGAGAUGUAGAUUGGCACGUGAAUGUGAGGAAAAUUGAAAGAUAUGGACAUUGUGUAGUCAGAAGAGAUACAUUUAGUUAGCCAUUUGAUUACUCAUUUAAUUGGUUCAGCAUUACAUUGUGGGCUGAAAAGCCUGUUCCUAUGCUGUACUGUUCUAUGUUCUAUGUUAAAUCAUUGUUACAGAAAAAUACAUCCUAUGAAAUCCUGAAUGUGACUUUGAUUCUUUUACAAUAUGAUAAUCAUCAAUUUAAAAAUUUACUGCAAAGUGUUUAUUUUGUAUUAUAGAAUAAUAAAAAUAAAGCUCCUAAUGCAUUUCACAAUGAAGACUACAACUGUAUAGUGCACAGAAUUCAACUUAUUUUCUCAGAUGCAAUUCAUAAGUCUGGGCAGUGCAUUCAGUCUGUUGCUUUGGAUGUCUUUUGAUGAGGUAUCCAGUUAUAUCCAUUGUUAGAACUCCCUCACUCAACCCAAACACCUCAACACACUGAGAAGUUUUUCAAAACUCUCUGUUCUUUCCAUCCCUACACUCUCCAAACUCAGCCACUCUUUGCCCCUCGCCAAGCAACUUACCCCUUUUAUAUUCCAUUACCUAUUAAAUCUUCCUUUACACCUCCUGGGAGUACAUUUAAGAUUCAGAUAUGUUGUUUAAUAUAAAUUUGUUUCAGGUAACAUUGUAUUAUAACUGACUUUAUUAUGAUGCAAACUGUAACUGCAGAGAACAAUAGGAAAGUUUUGCCAAAAGUGCCAUGUUCUGUUCUAGUUUGAAGUCCUGACCUGAUAGAAUUCCUGUUGAAUAACAUAAGGGUAUCUGCAGGAUAUAUCUCUAUGCAAUUACAAGGGUAGACAGAGUGAACAAAUGGAAACCAUGGAUAUGCAAAAAGUAAAACUAUGGAUUCUGAGUCACUUUUCAGACACAACAGGAAUGUGGGGAUCUACAUGCUGAGCCAUCAGGUCAUGGGUGAGAAAAGGUGAUCUGAAACUGAUCAUUUUCAGUCAUAAUGAUCUAUAAUCUUAUGGAGAACUACUGUAGAUCUGAAAAGGAUAAAAGCAGAAAGCAAUGGAACAUUAUAUACAUACCUAGAGGAGGAAGAUAGAUACAUAUUACUAGACUUCGGAUAUAAAAAAAUUUAACAACCUUGAAUUACUACAGGAGCAUUUUUCUUUUGGAAUAUGUAUUUCCAUGAUACAAAGGUUCACCCCACAUCUCAUCAUAGAAAUGGUGGCGCUGUUUUUCUGAAAGAGAUAUGUAUUUUUGUCUAUGUUCUAUAUCAAUCCAUGAAAAGGAAAUUUGAAGUGCUCUAAAUAUGAUGUCAUAGUACAGAUAUUUUGUAUUAUGUAUAUUUUGAGCUUUAUAAAAAUGAAACCAUUUAACUGAGAUUAUUUGUAUUAGACUCUAACUAUAAUCAUGUUUAACAAAAUAAAGCUGUAAACUGUUAAUAGAAUAAUAGUUAAGUCUCAGUAGAGAUUUCAAUAUUCCUAUAAGUGCAAGGACAUUUGGGCUUUGUAUACACUUGUAUUUAUAAAGUUUAAUAUUUUUAUAAUUAAAAUGUUUCUUUCAUUAAACC